CAAUAUUCAAUUUCACUUCAUCCCUUGUGUUUCAUCUUCUUAUGUGUCUAUUCAUUUUCCUCAGAAUUUCCGGUUUUGUUGAAUAUCACAAAGCUUCAAUCUCAUGGCCUCGUUUGAUGAACAACAAGGAAAGCCUUUACCCAAGUUUGGGGAAUGGGAUGUGAAUGAUCCUGCUUCAGCUGAAGGAUUCACUGUUAUAUUCAACAAGGCCAGAGAUGAUAAGAAAAUUGCCUCAGCAUCAGGACGAUUCCCUUCUCAGCGAAGAUAUGAUUCUCGAAAGCAUGGCAAGGAUAAAAAAAAGUGCAAGAGUUCCUCCUCCUCCUCCUCCUCAAAGAAAAAAUGGUCUUGCUUUGGCCCUUAG